AUGGCAGAACAAUCACCAUCCACACCUCCACCACCCCUUAAAACCUACAAACUAACAGCAACUUCAAUCUCUUACACCAAAUCCACCAACACACUCUUCAAACACUGCACCACAACCCCACCAACCUACAUCCUCAAAGACGUUUCUCUCACCGCUUACCCUUCUCAAAUCCUCGCCAUUGUUGGCCCAAGUGGCGCUGGAAAAUCCACUCUUCUGGACAUUCUCUCUGCUCGAACACUUCCUUCUAACGGCACUCUCUCUCUCAACUCUUCCCCUCUCAAUCCCUCCACAUUCCGCAAACUCUCUUCCUACGUCCCUCAACACGAUGCAUGCCUUCCUUUGCUCACUGUCUCCGAAACUUUCUUCUUCGCCGCGUGUCUUCUUAUGCCUAAAACACCCAACAUUGCUAACAUUGUUUCUUCUCUUCUUACUCAACUGAGACUCACGCAUUUGGCUAACACUAGGCUCGCUCAUGGCUUAUCUGGUGGAGAACGUAGAAGGGUCUCUAUUGGCCUUAGUCUUCUUCAUGAUCCUGCUGUUUUGCUCCUUGAUGAACCCACUUCUGGCCUUGAUAGCACUUCUGCUUUCAAAGUCAUGCAGAUUCUUAAAUCCACUUGCGUUUCUCGUAAUAGGACUAUUGUGUUGUCUAUUCACCAACCCAGCUUCAAGAUCCUCUCUUGCAUUGAUAGUAUCUUGUUGCUUUCUAAAGGGAGUGUGGUUCAUCAUGGAAGUCUUGCUUCUCUUCAAGCGUUUUUGCACUCCAGUGGUUUCACUGUCCCUCAUCAACUCAAUGCAUUGGAAUAUGCUAUGGAAAUAUUGAACCGGUUGAGUGAGGUUAAACCCGUUACUCCCCCGAGUCUUCCUGAAUCACCUGAAAGUUCAACGAGUUUUGUUUCUGAUCAUGGAAGUAAGAGCAGGGAGAUCAGGUACAAAAGCUCUAGGAUCCAUGAAAUUUGUACUCUCUAUAGCAGGUUUUGGAAGAUAAUUUACAGAACUAGGCAAUUGCUUUUGACUAACACGGUGGAAGCACUUCUUGUGGGUCUUGUGUUAGGCACUAUUUAUAUCAACAUCGGAUUUGAUAAGGAAGGCAUUGAGAAAAGGUUUGGUCUCUUUGCCUUCACUCUCACAUUCCUCUUAUCCUCUACAACUGAGACCCUUCCCAUCUUCAUCAACGAGAGACCAAUCUUGUUGAGAGAAACUUCGAGUGGCGUUUAUAGGCUAUCAUCUUAUCUCAUUGCAAAUACACUUGUUUUCUUGCCAUAUUUGUUGGUAGUUGCUGUUAUAUACUCAAUCCCAGUCUAUUUCUUAGUGGGUCUUUGUGCGUCUUGGGUUUCUUUUGCUUAUUUUGUUUUGGUCAUUUGGGUCAUAGUUCUAAUGGCAAACUCGUUUGUGCUCUUCUUGAGCUCUCUUGCCCCAAACUACAUAUCUGGGACUUCACUCUUGACGGUGCUUCUUGCAGCGUUUUUUCUCUUCUCUGGCUAUUUUAUCUCCAAGGAUUCAUUGCCCAAGUACUGGCUCUUCAUGCACUUCUUGUCUAUGUACAAAUACGCUCUUGAUGCUCUUCUUAUCAACGAGUACUCUUGCUUGGUAACGAGGUGUUUUAUAUGGUACCAAGAGAAUGAAGACUGCAUGGUCACCGGAGGUGACGUGCUACGCAAUAGAGGCCUCCAAGAGAGUGAAAGAUGGACCAACGUGUACAUCUUGAUCGGAUUCUUUGUGUUGUAUCGUGUGCUUUGCUUCUUGGUUUUGCUUAGGAGGGUUUCAAGAUCCAAAACUUGA